AGAGAGAGUAUGUGGAUAGUGAGGGAGUUGCUUUUAACAUCAAUGCUGAAUGAGAGAGGGUUGUAAGAAGAAGCUCGAGUCAGAUAAAAUCCAUUAUCAAGUUGACUUUUGGCGGUUAAAUGAGCAAUAAUAGUGUCAGUGUUUUGUUUUAGCGCCGAAUCCGAAGAAAACCAGGAAAUAACUAAGCGUGACACUUGGAAAUUAUAGGCGCACAAAUUAAUGAAGGGGAUGGCUCCCUCUCUUUCGCAGGCGUACAGGAGGCGAUGGUGGAUGGCCACCACAGCAGUAUUGGAAAAUCUUACAUGUUCGGCUGUGCUGUUGGGCUGGGGCUCUCUGCUCAUCAUGCUCAAAAGAGAAGGCUUCUAUUCUCACCUGUGCAAAGAAAAUAAUACUGAGAAUAUGAACACUACUGCCCCAGAAGAGUGGCUGAGCUGUGUGGAACAGGAAGAGAUGCUUAACCUGGGCUUCACCAUUGGCUCCUUCCUGCUCAGUGCCGCCACACUGCCGUUGGGCAUUCUCAUGGACCGCUUCGGUCCCAGGCCCCUGCGCCUUAUUGGAAGUGCGUGUUUUGCGUUCUCUUGUGCGAUGAUGUCUGUGUCGGCCUAUCAACCUGAAGUCCUCUCUGCACUAAUUUUUCUCGCACUUUCACUCAAUGGUUUUGGGGGCAUCUGUCUGACCUUUACAUCUCUAAUGCUACCGAACAUGUUUGGAAGUUUGAGUUCCACUGUGAUGUCACUGAUGAUCGGCUCGUAUGCAUCAUCAGCUGUCACGUUCCCUGGAGUAAAGCUGAUAUAUGAUGCUGGGGUGUCGUUUACAGUUAUCAUGUGGAUGUGGGCGGGCCUUGCGGGUCUGGUCUUCCUCAACAGUUUCUUGAACUGGCCAGCAGAAGAGUUUGCCUUUCCAGAGGAUAUCAAAAUGAAAAAGAUGCGCCCAAGUGAAAACCAAAGAAUGAAUCCAGUUGAAGAAACAACAGGGGAACUGAAAAACUCAACAGAGAAACUACCUGCUGUUGCUCAGGAAACACAAUCCUCCGUCCCUUUCAGUCGCUCCGUGUUCUCUCCCAUCUUCCUGUGGAGUUUGAUCACCAUGGGAAUGACUCAGUUGAGAAUCAUCUUCUUUAUGGGAGCCAUGAACAAGAUGCUAGAGUUCAUGGUCACCCACGGAGCGAAACAUCCCUCUGAAGAACUGGUGCUAGAAGCAAAGGAGAAAGUGAGUUUCUACUCAUCCAUCUUUGGCACACUGCAGCUCUUGUGUCUGUUCACCUGCCCUCUGAUUGGAUACAUCAUGGACUGGAAGAUGAAGGAGUGUGAAGUGGAUCAGAACACAGUGAAAGAGGGAGAGAAAGAAGCUAUUGCCGUACCAAAGCGUGACAGAAAAAUCCAGAAACUGACCAAUGCCAUAUGGGCCUUCAUCUUCACAAACGUGCUGCUCAUUCUGUUUGGAAUCCUCUCCCUCAUAGACAACCUUCCUCUACAGAUUGUGACGUUUAUUUUGCAUACUGUGGUACGAGGUUUCAUUCACUCAUGUUGUGGAGGCCUGUAUGCUGCUGUGUACCCAUCCAAUCACUUUGGCACUCUUACCGGACUGCAGUCCAUGAUAAGUGCGGUGGUGGCUCUUCUGCAACAGCCCCUCUUCAUGGUUAUGGUGGGAGAUCUAAACGGGGAUGCUUACAUGAUCAAUUGGGGACUACUGAUCCUCUCAUUUUCUGGUUUCCUGUUGCCGGGAUACCUGUACUACCAUCGAAGACAACUUAUGCAGAAGAGGGCAGGAGGAAAAGCUAAUGGCCACACUUCUGCUGAGAAUCUAGCAUUAAACCAAUCUUUGGCCAAUGGACAUAGCAACUGUCAUGUCCCUCAGGAAGCAUAAUUUAAUAACAGAGUAUUACAGGACUGUCACAGGACUUUUCACAUUUCAACAGGAACAGAAACAACAAACUCAACGUUAGACAUGUUAUUCUGACAAACAUUUCCGCCAUCUUCACUGAGCACAAAACCUUAAUGUUUGUUUUACGAGAUAUUAGUUUGAUGGUUGGAAUCAACUAGUAUCGGGUCAGUAUUGCCUUGAUGUCAUUCAACAUUAAAAUCAGAGUAUGAAUAUUUUGUUUAGAAUUUGAGUUCAAAGUAUGCAAUGCUUUCAUUUGAAAAAUAUUUAUUGAGCUGCACACCCGUUGGGCGUUGGCUGUAAUUCAUGAACAUGAACUACCUCAGCCAACCACUGAACUUUCAAACAGAUCCGUGGAUUUGUCUGUUCAGUGUCUGUUCUUUACCAAAGAGAAACUCUUGAGUAUUCUGCAUCAUAUUGCCUGUUUUUACCUUUUUGGCCUACAAUUUGAAAACUUGAGGAACAAUCAACACAACCAUUUCAGCUUACACCAAAGACACAGAGGUUUUUAAAGUGUAUCACUUUAUUCUCUUCUUCAAGCAAAGCCUCAGAUGCAUUAUAUUUUAAAGUGUUAACCCAAACAUAAAACAUUUCAGGCAGAUUUCAAAAGACUUUUUAUCAACCAACAGAAACAUAUUUUUGUGCAUAUAAAGAAAAGUGUGUGUGUUUUUUUUUCUUUUUUUUCUCUCAUGUAUUUCUUUUCUGUACAUGUUUGUCUCAUUCAGACACUGAAAUGGAAAUGUAUUUUUGUAUUUGUACAAAAACUGCUAUUGCUGUGUUAGUGUCAUAAUCUAAUGAGUACAAGCUUAAAACUAGUUGUACUCUGUAAAUAAGGUGAUGUGUAUUCGUGAUAUUUACUUUAAGCAAUAACUGAAUGCUUGUGUGAUAGCAAGGGUUUCUUAAAGGGUUAGGGUGCAUUCAGGAAGUGAUGACAAAAGUGUACUGCAUCAGUUUUUGUCCUGCUUUUUAUGCUUUUUUUUUUAUGAAACUAGUGCCUUAUGUUAUGAAGAAAAUGUCAGAAUGUAAAGUCUCACUGUCAUAGAACAUGUGGGAAACCAAAGCCAUGUGAUCUUUGAGAUGGACACAAUAAAGCCAUAAGAGACUUUUGGAUAUGCAAAUGUGUGACGGGAAUAGAGCAUCUACUGUAUGUACGAGUGCAAGAAUGUCAUUCUUGAAAUUCUGAAGGAAAAAAAUAAAAGGUGCGUUCAUAUUCUAAAUGAUUGACAUCUGUUUUAGGGGCCGGUCCAGAGUAGCAGUAGAACAGAUCUGGAACCUGUUCAACUGUUAACGUAGAUGUUUAUCUAACAGUUAUCUAGGUUUAUGUCAUUAGUUUCUCUAUUAAAACAACUAAAGGAAUAGUUCACACAAAAAUGAAAAUUCUCUCAUCAUUUACUCACCC